AUGAUUAUUUUACAGACGGUAUUGUACUGGCAAAACGAUGGCGGUAGCGCUGAAUGCUGUGAUACCAUCGUCGGGAGUGAUGGAUCAGGGAAUCUCUACAGUGCAGCGGACGCAGCUGGACUACUCGUCGCUGCUUCUGGCCACGGUUUGUUGCUUCUUUUCAUAAUUCGACAAUCUGCUAUCCUCACACUGAACAAAAGGAGCAGACUUAUUGAAGGCUUUUUGAGGCUAUUCAUUAUGUAUCUGGUAGUAAUUUGA